AUGGCAGUGCGGGCCAAUGAGGUGGCGAGGGGAGGCGGGCCGCUUGUGUUUGAAUUUGGUCAGUGUGAGGCUAGAGAAGGAGGUGACGGGGGUACGGCCUAGGCCGAGCGAGCAGCGGCCCCUGCCCGCAGAAGAGAUUUCAGUUGCUUGGUCUGGAGAAUUCUUCUUGGCAGCAAAGAAGAAUUAAACCAAAGCAUCAUCAUGUCUACUGCUACCCAGGAAGAUAUAUGCAAUCAUGUGAGAGUGGUGGUCCGUGUCCGUCCACAGAAUCAAAAAGAAAAAGAAGGCAACUUUAGCAAAGUGCUUCAUGUUGUAGACAAGCACAUGCUGGUCUUUGAUCCAAAAGAAGAGGAAGUUAGCUUCUUUCAUGGGAAGAAAAUAGCAUAUAGGGAUAUUAACAAGAGGAAAAACAAGGAUCUCAAAUUUGUAUUUGAUGCUGUUUUUGAUGAAAAUUCAUCUCAAUUAGAAGUUUUUGAACACACUACCAAAACUGUGCUUGAUGGCUUUUUAAAUGGAUACAAUUGUACAGUGCUUGCAUAUGGCGCAACAGGAGCGGGAAAGACCUACACGAUGCUGGGCUCACCUAAAGAACCCGGAGUGAUGUAUCUAACCAUGAUGGACCUUUACAAUUGCAUGGAUCAAAUGAAAGAAGAGAAACUGUGUACUGUUGCAGUUUCAUAUCUAGAAGUCUACAAUGAACAGAUCCGUGACCUGCUAGUAAAUUCAGGACCACUGGCUGUCCGUGAAGAUAACCAGAAAGGGGUGGUAGUUCAAGGAUUAACAUUACAUCAGCCUAAAUGUGCAGAGGAGAUCCUUCAGAUGUUGGAUUAUGGAAACAAGAAUAGAACACAGCACCCCACUGAUAUGAAUGCCUCAUCUUCUCGGUCCCAUGCGGUCUUUCAGAUUUAUUUAAGGCAGCAAGAUAAAACAGCAAGUAUCAGUCAAAAUGUUCGUAUUGCCAAAAUGUCCCUCAUUGACCUGGCAGGGUCUGAACGUGCCAGUGCCACAAAUUCCAAAGGAGCUCGUUUUAGAGAAGGGACCAACAUUAACCGUUCACUGCUAGCUCUUGGAAAUGUCAUUAAUGCCUUGGCGGAUCCAAAGAGCAAGAAACACAUUCCUUAUCGUAACAGCAAGCUUACUCGUUUACUGAAAGAUUCUCUUGGAGGGAAUUGUCGGACUAUAAUGAUAGCUGCUGUUAGUCCUUCUUCUAUGUUCUAUGAUGACACUUACAACACUCUUAAGUAUGCAAACAGAGCAAAAGAUAUUAAAUCUUCUUUGAAAAGCAAUGUUGUUAGUCUGGACAGUCAUAUAAGUCAAUAUGUUAAGAUUUGCAAUGAACAAAAGAAAGAGAUCAUAAUGCUGAAAGAGAAGCUGAGAGCAUAUGAAGAAGAAAAAGCAGCCAUUCCUGAAAACCAUGGUACAAGUGUUCUUUCAAACCAGCAGCAAGUGGAAAUACAAAGAUUUCGAGAAAUUCUAAAAAGUUUGUUUAUAAACCGGGAGGAAAUCAGAAAGGAAUACCUCAAGCUGGAAAUGCGGUUUAAAGAGAACGUUUUGAAAACACAUUACCAGAAACAAUUCCAUGAACAAAUUGAGUUGAUGUGCUCUGAAGAGAGAGUAGAAAAGGCCACUUGUAAACGGGAUCAUAGGCUCGCAAUGCUUAAAACUCGUCGUUUGCAUGUGCAGAAGAAGAAAGAAGAGGAGAUGAAACACUUUGAGGAGAAUACUAAUUGGCUGCAUCGUGUGGAAAAUGAAAUGCGUCUCCUGGGACAAGAUGGCCAUAUUCCACAGGUGCUCCGUAAAGAUCUUCACUGCUUCCAUUUAAAGCUAGAGGUCAAGGAUCUGAAAAUGCAGAUUGAACACAUGUUGUCUCUAGUAUCACUUCAAGAGCAGCAACAUAAGCAAACAGAAAAAGUACUAAAUGCUUUGCUUCCAGUUCUAAGAAAACAGUACUUCACCUUAAAAGAAGCUGGGCUGGCAAAUGCUGUCAUUGAGGCUAACUUCAAGGAGGUUGAACAGCUGAUUCAGAGACCAAAAACAGUAGUUUGGGCUGACCAACCUGUUGAAGAGGAACCUAAACAAAAUGAUCAACCAGAGAUGUCUGUUAUCCUGGCAUUUCCACAACUUGCAAGCAAUCCAAAUACACCUUGCCGUACACCUUCAGGAGUGCCUUCAGAAGAAAUCAAGAAAAAUGUGCAACAUGUAAGCGAAUGUGCAGUCCCGCCACAAAAAAGAACAAGGCGGAAGCUCAUGAACUCUCCAGCAACAGCACAAAGUCCUGAAGCUUCUGAACAGUCUAGCCUUAGUUGCCUGGAGGAUUCCCUCAGCAAGGAGGUCCGUCCUAUUGUAUACACACCAGAAGUUUGCAGAAAAUCUAUGCCAAUCUUUUGUACACAGACUGUGGUAAAGCAACCGUUACAAGUAGCAAGCCUUCCUGAAGUUAACAAUUGUAAUGUAGACAUUCAUUUCCCUUUGAAAGAAGAGUGUGACAUGGACUUCACAUAUAACGUGAUACCAGAGUGUGAACAGACAGACAUGAACUCAACAGUGACUCUGUACGAAGGUACAAGUAACACAAAUGACCCUUCUGCUGACUUGUCUGAAAAGGAGUCACACCUGUGCAGCAACAGCAGUGUUUUACAAAGACUUGGUCUCCCAUCAUUGCUGAAUAGAAAUCCUGGUCCAAUACAUGAGCAGCCUUCUUAUAUGGCAAUGACUUCUGCUGCUGAGAGAAAAAGGAAGUUAUUAAGUUCUGUGCCAAACAGUGGAUUAAGUAGCCUGCAAAAUCCUGUGUCUGCAAAGCGUAUUCGACAGGAUAUCUUGUUAAGUCAUAAACCUUUAAGAGUGCCCAAAAAAGCAGGAAUUGGAACAAGAAGCCGGAAACAAGAACCAAAUAUGCAGAGGAACCUUGUUAGAAGUCUUUCUGAAGGAAAUGUAACGUUGGGUCUGAAAUCAAGGACGUCAACAAAUCUUUUAAUUCGUGUUUCUAAGAAAAAGUAA